AUCGAUUCCACAUGUGUUUGUAGUACUUGUUUGUGAAAUGAACUAGUGUUUUAUAAAUUUAAUUAGAAUGUAAACGCGAGUUCAAGAUUUGCUAAAGAUUAUUUAUUACACAUUGAAUCGUUAUACAAUUCACCAAAAAAAGUUGUAUUAAAAUUCUAAGGUUUAGGUUAAUAAAGAUCACAAUCAUAGAAAGUGAUUUCCUUUCAAGCAUUAAGUAACUCUAAAUAAAUCAAAUUUGUAAGGCAUGGACUUUGCAAGAAAGCAGUUGGAAAAGUACGGUUGGAGUGCAGGCAAAGGGCUUGGUAAGCAUGAAAAUGGAAUUUCUGAAGCACUCAAACCAAAGCUAAAGAGGAGUGUAGCAGGAGUUGGACAUGAUCCGGCAGCUGACUUCACAGAGCAUUGGUGGAAUGAUUUAUACAACAAGGCUGCAAAGAACUUGGAGGUUGAGAAUAAAAAUGGGAAAACCAGAAGAAUAAAACGUAAGAAUUCAUCAGACUUUGAAAUAACAAAUAAUACUUGGCAGAUCAAAAAAAAUAAGAAAGGUGAAAAAUCUGAUCAAGGGUAUACUGACUUCUUUGUAAAAACAGCUAUUUUGAAUAAUGGAGAAUCGAAAGUUGAAAAUGUUAAAGAAUGUGAUUCAGAAAAUGAAAAAACUGUAAGAGAUGUUUUCAAAAUGACAGAUGAAGAGUUAUUUGCAGCUUGCGAAGGUAGAACAGCACAUAAAGGUGCACGUCAUGGACUUAAAGCUCUGGGUAAAUUAGCAAGAAUAGAGCAACAGGAGCAACUUCUUUUAAAUCAAGAUAAAUAUAAAGGUUAUUCCCACACAAAGAAAGAUAAAAGUAUAGACCAAGAGGUAAAGAUCAAUGAUCAAAUUGAGGAAACUAAUAGUUUGGAUACUGACAGUAUGCCCGUAAAAAAGAAAAAGAAAAAACGGAACAAAGACAUAGAAGAAAAAGAAUCCCAAACAAAUAGUAAUGAAAUUCAUGCUAAAGAUGAUGAUCAAUUAGAAACAUUUAAAGGUAAUGAAAAAGAAAUGGAAGCAUCCUACCAGCCAGCUGAUGAUGACAAUGUAGAUGUUAAGAAAAAGAAAAAAAGAAAAAAUUAUGAAGUACAGAAAGUGGUGCAAUCAAAAAAAGAGAAAGACGAUGAUGAUGAUGAUGAUGCUAGUGAUGUGAGGGUCGUACCCGGGCGUGCAAAGCGGGCACUGUACGUAGGUGGCAAAUUGAGCGUUAUUAAAGAUAAUCAAGUAAUUCUCAUAAUGUACGUGUAUGAAAAUAAGUAA